UAGGACAAGGGUGUGGCUGAUUGGCUGAUCAGUUUGAGUUGUCACUUAACUUAUCAGAGGUGUCUAGCUAGGCUACUAUAGCAAGGCCCUGAGGAGUCAGUCAGCACCAGAAAUCUUGAACUCCUGACCUGAAGACAGAGUGUAGCUUUAAGGUUUUCUACUGCUUUUUAUUUACAUUUCAUUCAGAUUAGCUUCUCGUUCUGUCUACUCCAUUGGGACAAGCCAGUCACAAGCUAUUCUCAUUGGCAGGAACUUGAAGAAAGGCAGUUUCCUACAGGUCAAAGGUCGGGCCAUGACCCCGAGGGAGCAGCUGAGGAAGAUGUCAGCGAUGGGGGAGCAGGGGGCUCUGGACGAGAAACACUGGUAUCGCCUGGUCAACGGCAUGUCUGCUGGAGAGCUAUGUCAGAGGCAGGAGAUGAUGAUGAGGAACCAGAUAGCCAUGGCUCCUCAGAUCCUGGCCCAAGGACAGCAGAGGCUACAGGGGGUGCCCACCCAGUUUGAGCCUCGCUUCAUGGAAAGAGAGCUAGUUCCACCCUCGGAGAUGGUAUCUUCCGAGGCCAGGCAGAUGCACAUGGGGGGUCACCUGGGUCCGCCCAUGCCCCCACACCCUGGCAUUUCUGGCAGGGGCUUCCCUGGAGUUGGUUACAGUUUCAUGCCCUCAGAGCCCAUGGAGACAGUUGCCCGGCGACAAGAACUCAUCCACAAGCAGAACAUCGCCAGGAUUGAGAUUAAUGCCAUCCUCCACCAGAAGGAGAUGGAGAACGCCCAUCAGAAGGGUCUGAUGGGUAUGGAUGCGCCCAUGAUGUACCAGUCCAACGCUAUGGCUAUCCGAGGGCGCCAGCGCCUCCCAGAAGGCCACGACUUCUUCAUCCACCGUACCACCCUGGAGGAAAUGCAGGCCAACAAACUCCUGAUGUCCUCCAGCCCCUAUCCACCAAUCAGCAUGCUGCAGAGGGAGAGGGGCCGCAGGGCUGGUCGCAGGGCAACUAAUCACAAGAGCGCAGAGAGCCAUGCGUCUGGCCCCAAGAGCCAAUUGGAAGACAAGAGUGUGGAGCAGAGUCCCGGGGGUGCCUCUGGAGAAGAGAAAGAGGCGGAGGGGAAAAUGGACAUGGGAGGGGAAGCAGCCAGCAAACAACAUCAAACCAUAAUGGACACAGAGCUCUCGGUGGACGGCAGAAAGAGCUACAAGGAGGCGGCGCAGGGCCUACGCAAAGCCUGCAUAAACAGUCAAGAUGGCUGCCCUGACGUCACCAACUGCAACAGUGGCGCCAGCGACAAAGACAGGUCCAGUCAAUGCUCUGCGUUCCAGUAUCCCUCCGCCAGUGGACCUAUCCCAGGGCCACCCAAUCUCUUUCUUAACGGACAAGAUAUGUCCUCUGUUGAAGACCUUAGGAAGUGGACAGUGGAUGACGUGUACAUCUUCAUCAAAAACAUACCCAGCUGCUCUGAAUAUGCUCAGACGUUCAAGGAUCACAUGAUAGACGGGGAGACGUUGCCACUCCUGACCGAACACCAUCUACUGGACACAAUGGGACUGAAGCUGGGCCCGGCACUCAAGAUACGAUCACAGGUGUCUUGCCGGCUAGGUAGCAUGUUCUACAUGAUGAGCCUCCCGCUCUCCGCUGCCGCCGCCCUGCAGGCCACCCCUGAGAAGGCAGGAGGAGACAGAUCGUCAGAGAUCAGCUCCCCUGUAUACUGUGACAGUGUGGAGAUGAUGGACAGCCCCUGCACCAGAGACCCAGAGGGCUGCAAACCCACAGACCCCCUCCCAGAGACUGACAACCCCUCUCCCCCCUCGGCCAGCAGUGAAACUGCCUGAGGCAUCAGUGAGGGGGAUACGAGUCGUCGGCCAGUGGCUCAGUUCCAAGUCGACCCCUAGCUCCUACCACAUACUGUACAUAUAGACACAACCCCCUAAGGACUUCAUGUAGAUCUUUAAGCAUUGGAUGGGUAUACGUAAGUGAUAUAGUAAUGGCUGCAUCAUGCCCUCUGAUUGGCUAGGUGGAAUUUUCGCUGUGUUGAAUGCAUCUGUCCAAUCCUUGCAGACCUUCAGAAGUGCAUAGGUAGUAGGAAGUAGGGGUCGAUUUGGAAUUCAGCAAGUGUUUCAGCCCUAAGAGCUGUUUUUAAGCUGCUUACCAUUUCCAUCAGGCUAUUGUGUUCAGUUUUCUAGUGUGUGUCCUACAGUGUUUAAACUGCUAAGGAUAUGAUGGAAUUGUAUUGUAUGUACAGUAUUUAGUUCUAGUUCAAAUGUUUGGUACUUCUUUUUACCAUGUUUCAGAUUCAAGAGACCAUGGUUGCUCAGACGUUGCAUGCAUCAACCAAUGGUUGCGGGCCACGUCAUCGACUGUGCCGUUAGGCACCAGAUUGCUAUAACAUAUGAUGUGGUUAGCUGAUACGUAAAAUACCUAUCCAGGCGUUAUAAGAUCUGACAUGCAUCAGCAACGUCUGAGCAGGGGAAUACAACCCAUGGGUGAGUUCCAGACUGACUAGGUAAGGCGCCUGUGCAGUUGGCCCUCCUUCGCAUGCUGCCUGCCUCACCUGGGACAACUUUAGAGAUUCUUGUUUUUCUACAGUAAAAAGACUACAAUAGCCACAAGGCUGUUGACAACCAAAGCAACCAUUACUACAGUUGUUUAACAUAGCAGUCAACUUAUUUCCUAUAGUCUCAAAAUGAUUCAAUGUUUUGUUUCAUGUGAUAAAGUUGACAAAGCACACAAGGGGCAGUGCAGUUAAAAACGUGAUUAUGAUAUUUCCACACUAUAACCAGGUUUCCAUCCAACCUUUCUAUGCCAGUAGAGUACAUGUCGGAUAAAUAAUGUCAUGACAGGCCUGAUGAAACAGAACAUUUGUCGGUAAACUUUCCAAAUGUCGACAAAACUAAAUACUCUAGAC